CCAAUGAUUGCUAACCGAUUUCUCGUUAGCUUCGAAUGGAAAUGUCCGUCUCUGUCUGAUUUUUUUUAAUUUGUUGUCUGAGUGAAUGAGGGCUGCUCAUCAGGAGGAAGUUUCAACUUUAAAAACAAUUUAACAUUUCGGCCGAGGCCACGUCUUCUUGCUCCAAAAGAAACAAAGAAAAACAGGCCGUCCGUUUCUGCAGGCGUUAGAUUCACAAGGAAAAUGUGUUCAAGGGACACUAUGUAUCUGAAUAUGUUAACUUCAGAAGAUGGACGGGGACAACUCAACCACCGACGCCUCCCAGCUGGGCAUCACUGGAGAGUACAUGGCCUCCGGUCACUACGUCCUCCAGUCCCAGGAGGGUGAGUACGAUGGAGAGGAGAAUAUGAACGACCAUGACGACAGUGGCAUUAAAGAGAACUUCAGGGAGCAGGACAUCUACCUCCCCAUCGCCAACGUGGCUCGCAUCAUGAAGAACGCCGUCCCUCAGACCGGAAAGAUUGCAAAAGACGCAAAGGAGUGUGUGCAGGAGUGUGUGAGCGAGUUCAUCAGCUUCAUCACGUCGGAGGCGAGCGAGCGCUGCCACCAGGAGAAGAGGAAGACCAUCAACGGAGAGGACAUCCUGUUCGCCAUGUCCACGCUGGGCUUCGACAUGUACGUGGAGCCGCUGAAGCUCUACCUGCAGAAGUUCAGAGAGGCCAUGAAGGGGGAGAAGGGGAUUCCUGGAGUUUCUGUGGGAGAGAACCUGGGAGAAGAUCUCACGGACGAAAGCUUCUCAAAUCCCAUGCCAGCGGGGAUUAUCACAGCAGACGGUCAGCAGCAGAACGUCAUGGUGUACACCACUUCAUAUCAACAGAUUCCCACCGUACAACAGAUCCAGUUUUCAUGACGAGGCCUCGACCCGAACGCAGCGGCUCCUGGUGACCUCUGACCCCCCCACAGGGUGAAGGUCAUCAGGCGGACAGGGGGAGGAUGUACAGAGAAAUCACUACCUGUUCAGUAGAAAGUGUAGUUCCUAGUUGUGAGGUACCAGAUGUGUUGGAUUGCAUUCAAACCAGCUGGGAAAUGUGAGGCUUUAUUUUAAAGGCUAGUGUUGUUAUUAUUACAUGAUUUAGUGGUCAAAUGAUUUGUGUGUUAAUGUGUUUGCUUUGUAUGCAUUCAUUUCAUCUAGGGAGGGGGGGGAUAUUGGGAAUUGAAUUGUUGUCUUGGAUGUUUAUUUUCGAACAGCUUCUCGAGAGGGCACGUUGUUACUGUCACAUCAGAUCAUGCAGCUCUUUUGUAAGUUAACACGAUUUACCAUGUGCAUUAAUGUGAUGUCAAUCCUUUGAAUAAAAAUUCAAAAGCCGA